CGGACUGGGACUCGUUUUGUCCUUUGAGGAAGUGCUGACUUUUACUUCAUGCAGUGAUAGAAACUCGUUCUGUGUAUUCAGAGCGCGUGGUCUCGGUGGGCUUCGCGUUAUCCGCGUCAUGGCUGCGCGCGACGAAGAUGGAUUAAGAAAACCUUCCAAACCCGACAGCACUGUUUCUGAAGAAAAUGAAAGUGAAAAUCUCCCUAAAACAGAAGAGGAGCAGAGAAAGUGGAACGCCGAAAAUAACUGGGGCUUCUCAUUAGAGGGAAUAUUCGGCCUCGCGCUUAAAUUUUUUAAAGGUUGCAGUGGAUCCAUAGCCAAUUCAGGGAACACUAGGUGCUUGACCAACAUACAGUCUGGUUUGGACACCAUGUACACACACAUUCACCUCCUAGGGAAAUGAAUGGCAAGGCUUUCAAUCCAACAUACGAAGAAAACCUGCUGUUUGCUGCACUUCAGAAACAAAUCUUCCUUGGCCCUUAUAAUCCAAAGGUUUGCCCUGAGGUUGGGUUCUUUGAUGUCCUGGGGAAUGACAGAAGGAAAAAAUGGGCAGAACUGGGCAGCACAGUUAAAGAGGAUGCCAUGGAGGACUUUGUGAAGCUUCUGAACUCCUGCUGUAGUCUGUUUUCUCCAUAUGUCACAUCUCAUAAGAUCGAGAAGGAGGAACAUGAGAGAAGAUUAAGAGAGGAAGAAGAGUGUCUCAAGCUGGAAAAACAGGAGCGACGACAGCAAGAAGCAGCACAGCGUUGGGAAGAGGAGAAGAGGAGACAGGAGGCUGAUCGCUUACUAAGCAACCAGCAGAAGCAACAGGUCACGGUUGCUCUAAAUGCACAGACACCAGUGCGGUUCCAGCUCAAAAGCUCAGAACAGCAGCAGCUACUCAUCCAACAAGAGUUUAUACAGCAAGCCCCCCAUACACACCAAUUCAAACAGCAGGACACAGCUGAAGCCCCAUCACUGGAUUCAAAUGGCAUGGCUUCAUUUACAAAUCCCAUCAGCCAGUCAGAGUCAUCACAAAGGAAAACGUCUGGAGCAAACCCUGAACAAUGCCAUUUAUUCAUAGAGAGCAAACCAGGAGAUGUACCCAUCUUGGCACCAUCCAUAUGGACGAUGCCUCAGGUAAAUGAAUUUAAGGAGAAGAUGCAGCAUGAUGCAGAGUCCGUGAUCACUGUUGGUAGAGGCGAAGUGCUAACCGUGCACAUCCCCACUCAUGAUGAUGGCUCUACAUUCUUCUGGGAAUUCGCCACUGAUGACUACGAUAUUGCCUUUGGCUUGUACUUUGAGUGGCCAAACACAGUAAAUGGUGUGAGAACUGAGGCGUUUUUGGAGUCUGUGUCUGAAAACCAAGAGGGAGGUCAAGCUGAAGAGGUAAAUCGAAAGUCCGAGACGAAAUCCAGAAACGUAGUCCCUCGGGUUAGCGAGGUGGUUCCACUCUUUCGGCAGGACAGCCACGAGAAUGUGUACGCAGGCAGUCACCGCUACCCAAGCCAAGGAGUUUAUUUGCUCAGAUUUGACAACUCCUAUUCGCUGUGGAGGUCAAAGGUUGUGUAUUACAGAGUCUACUACACCAGUUAGAGUUAUUAGAGACACACCUAGUCUCACAAAGCUUGAGCACUAAACUCCUCACACACAUCACUGAUUCAUUAUUUAAACAGUUAUUAAUAGGCUUUCAAAGAAGUUAAAAUGGUUACACAAACACCACUGUGCAUGCGGUUUAGCUUAAACUGUGCUUUUUUUUUUUUUUUUUUUUUAAUUUAUUUAAUUAAAAAGGGGGUGGGAUGGAAGGCUAGGGGCAAAGUUCUGUGCUGCUCUGUUUACUAGUGGCUUCUGCACGGCAAGAUUCAGAACUAUGCAUUAAAAAUAACCAACAUGAAGGAAGCAAUAUAUUGUGAAAUGCUAUUAAAUGUUUGUUUGAAUUAUUCUGGAUGGAAAAAUACUGCCGAUUUUCAUUAUUAGGGUUGUGUUGUGUUGAGCUUUAAAGAAAUCCAGUGUAGUAGAAGGCUAUCUCAAAGGGCAAUACAUAGAAAUGUGCAAAUCCAAUCAACAGUCUUCCUACUUGCAGUUUAGUAGGAGGCUGGAGUAACAUGGAGUACUGUAGCAACAAGCUAUAAAAUUGUUGAAUGCAUUUUCACAAAGGCUUAAUGCUUCAAACCAUAACAAAUGAUUCAUUAUAUUGAACUACACUGCCUUGGAUUUAGUAGUGUCAUAUUAUUUCUAUUUUUAAUAAUGGACUUUAAUGGUCAGUGUUUGUAAUUUGUAUUCGACCAAAAUCCUGAUCUAUACUUUUCCAGAACCUUGUCUUGAUGGUUAAUUUGGACUUCAUGAUACUGUUUGUUUAGGUAUGUUCUCUAACAAACACUGGGGCCUUCCAGGAACAGGUGAAUUUAUAUUGCGAUUAUGUGCCUUUACUUUACUUGUACACAGGUGAAUGCCGUAGUUAUUUAAAUUUUGGUGGCAACUGGUUGCACUAGAACUAAUUUAAGGGUUUCACAGCGACAGGGAUGAAUACUUAUGGACACUUUUGGGGCAGCUGUGGCUCAGGUGGUAGAGCGGGUUGUCCACUAAUCACAGGGUUGGCGGUUCAAUCACUACAAAAUGUUAUUUUCAUCCCAGUUCUGUAGCCCAGAUCUAUCGUAUUCAGUAUACCGUAUACAGUACUUCUUUCCUUAUACUGUUUACUUUAAUAUUCACAAAAUGACGUUGACCAAUCGCAACUACUGUACAACAGAUUUCUCAACAGCAUUCCAUUAAAAAAUGUUUUUUGUGUGUGUACGUUAUUGAACUGUAAUAAUUGUUUCCAUUUUAAGUGUUCCUCUGAAGAAAUGCUGUCAAACAAUUGAAAUUUGUUGUACUUUAAUGUUUGUCAUUUAUUUAUUAUGAUUACAUUUAAUGGUUAAAAGGUUCAAACUGUGAUUUUGUAAUUUAUGGACGACUGUCUAUAUGUAAAUAAAUCUUACUGGUUAGUGAUAA